GGACCCAACGAACCAGUAGACCGGCCCAGGCCUUUAUCAUCGUAAAUGUGAAUCACGGGUCGAAGUUAAAACUCGACUUUUACAAAGGAAGAGGGUUUCAUGAAGCGACACGUGGCUGAGAGCGUAUUGUGCGCAUCGCGCACCCCUGCGCAAUCUAGAACCACCCCUCCUUCGACUACGAAACGAUGGCCGCUGUGUUUCAGUAGAGUUCACUGAAGGGCCAAAAUUUUCCAUUUUGUUUUCCCUCUUCUCGCUUUCUCAGGAGUCACGCCAAUCUGCUCUGCCUCACGUCACCAAAUGCUCUGCUCAAUCUCGACCGGCAAGUCCGGUUCGAACUGGCUGGACCGGCUUCGUUCCAGCAAGGGCUUCCCAACCGGCGACAACCUUGACCUCGACCAUUUCCUCACUAACCCUAACCCUUCUGAUUCUCCAAUCACCGAUGCUUCCAAUUCUCCAAAUUCCAACUCCGAGUCAACUCACUCUAACGAUAAAGAACUCCAGAAUAGGAAGGCACCACCCCCGGAGGUGGUCUCCAGCGAGCCCGCCGGGGACAAAGAAUGGUUCGGUAUAAUGAGCAAUGUCCUCUCGGAGCUCUUCAACAUGGGCGACCAAGCCCAAACCUCCAGAUUUUCCAGGAAAAAAACUUCCAGGAAACAAACAAACCCUAAGAUUUGCAUUAUCAAGACGUCUAACGUUAAUACCUCCGAGGAACAGAAAAGCAGUUCGGAUAGCGUGAGAAAAGACGAAAAUAUCCCCGCUUCAACGACGUCGUUGAAUUCAAAGGAAGAAGCGAAGAGAGAAUGGAAAGAAGAGGGCGACGAUUAUAACGUGGAAGAAGAAGAACAAGAAGAAGAGAAAGGGAAAGGAGAGAGGGAACUGUUAGGGUAUUCGAGAAGUGAAGUGACGGUAAUAGACACGAGCUGCGAGGUUUGGAAAGUCGACAAGCUUAUAUUUAGGAGGAAAAAUAUCUGGAAAGUGAAGGACAAGAAAGGAAAGUCACGCAUCGUUGGUAGAAAGAAGAGGAAAGCACCUCCCCCUCCUCCUCCUCCUUCAUAUGAUGACAACAAUGGUGGUGUUUGGAAUAAGAAACGAAAGAUUUCGAGUUCGGAGCUUCGUUCAUUGAAAGAUACGAGUGGAAAGGAAUCUGGGUCGCCUACAAAUCAUGGGCAGAAUGCUCCAGGUGAAAAAGGGGAACUAGUUUGCAACGAGACACCUGAUGAUCUUACCCAAGUUCUUAGAAAGAGAUUACCUCGUAAAUCAGGAAAGGGAAGCACGUCUGUUAUCCUUAUAAAAUCCAUUCCAACAGGCAAGAAAAAUGGAGCAAAGCUUGCAAAGAAUCGCCUGAAGGACACCCAGAGGCUAUAGAGGGCUCGACAAACCCAUCAACCAAACUGUCAAGUUGUUUGGCAAUAUACCCAAUGUGCGUGCCACUUCUUGAUUUUGAGCCAGCAAUUGGUUCUAUUUUGACUUAACCUUCCCCUAAAGAUUGGCGGAAGGGUUUGUUGCUCCGAACUUCAAGCCUGUGGGUAUGGCUCUGAUUUCUUGUUACCAACAAAAGGUGUGAAUAUUGUUUAUUAAUUUUGUACCAUUUCAUCAACCUAUUUGUAACAUUUAUUUUUUAUUUAGAAGAAAUAUGAAAAUUUAAUUUCAAAUUU